AUGGGUGCGAUGAAGUUGUCACUCGCUUCACUUUUCCUGGGACUCGUGGUCUUGUCAUUACAGAACCAGGAAGCGCCGAGAGUUAAGACACCUUUCGGAGCGAUUCGUGGGGAGUACCGGAAGUCCCAGCAUGGCCGCACGUACGAGGCCUACGAGGGCAUCCCUUACGCGGAACCACCUCUUGGAAGACUUCGGUUCCAACCACCUAAACCAGUAAAAAAAUGGUUGUACGAACUACCCGCGACGAAGAAGGGUUCGAUUUGUACACAAUUCCUGAUGUCACCACUGAACGGAGACAGAGUCACAGGUUGCGAGGAUUGCUUGUACCUAAACAUUUAUGUUCCGUCUCGAACUGACAAUAAAACGUUACCAGUGAUAUUCUGGAUCCAUGGCGGUGCUUUCCAGUUCUCUACCUUUAACGAAGUGAACGAGACGCGAUUGAUGGAUCGUAAAGUCAUAUUAAUCACUUCUAACUACCGCUUGGGUCCUUUCGGUUUCCUUAGUACUGGCGAUCGUGUGGUACCCGGAAACAUGGGCCUGAAGGAUCAGAGCACGGCUCUACUAUGGGUGUCGGAGAAUAUCAUACAUUUUGGUGGAAAUUCCAAAAAUAUUACUCUUAUUGGGCUGAGUGCUGGAGGCGCAAGCGUCCAUUUCCAUUAUAUGUCACCUCUUAGUGCUGGGCUCUUCCAAAGAGGAAUAUCGAUAAGUGGUGUAGCACUCGAUUCCUGGGUACAAACAGAACGUGCGCCCGACAAGGCAAAGAAGUUGGGUGCUCUUAUGGGAUGUCCCACGAACAGCACAUACAGAAUGGUGGACUGUUUGCGUCACCGACCAGCGCGACUUAUAUCACAAGCUGUUGGCGAAUUUAUGUUUUGGUUAUACAACCCUUUCACACCGUUCGGGACAGUGAUCGAACAUCAAAAGUGUCCAAAACCCUUUAUCACUGACAGUCCAAUCGAGCUCAUACGUCAAGGCAAGUUGAUGGACGUGCCAUGGAUAUCCGGAGUCGUUUCCGAGGAAGGCUUGUAUCCAGCGGCAGAAUUCGUAGCCGACGACAAACUUCUAAAGCACCUGAAUGAUAAUUGGGAUGAUAUUGCGCCAUAUUUGCUCGACUAUAACAAUACCAUACCGCUCAGCCAGCACAAAGACGUGGCGGAAAAAGCCCGGAAGCAUUAUCUGGGAUCGAAAGAGAUCUCUAGACAUACGACGAGACAGUUGAUACACAUGAUCGGUGAUCGAUUGUUUUCUUCCGACUUUGAGAAAGCUGUCAGACUGCAGGCCGCAGUUAACAAGAGCCCAGUCUGGGCUUACUAUUACACAUAUAGAGCCACGCACAGCUUAAGCGAAUUUUUGAGCAAAUUAGGUGUCAGUCAUGCCGAUGACGCAUUUCUCAUCUUUAAUACGCAGAUAGCGAACACUACAAAGCCUGAGGACUUAAGGAUGCAAAAGCUUCUAGUCGAUUUCUAUAUUUCGUUCGCUAUUAACGGGAAACCAAAAAUUGGGCAUGCUAAAUGGAAGGCAUUGAACCAUGAGGACGAAAGGUUCCGUUUUUUGAGGAUAGCAGGCCCAAGGAAUAUAAGCAUGACAUGUAGCAACAACUUUGCUGAAAAGAAAUUCUGGAAUACAAUUAACUUUGACGAGAAUACAAUUAACUAUAACAUUGCUGAAAUGUCUUCUAUCGUUGAGUCAGAAUAA